AUGCAACUUACAGUCACCGUAUAUGACAGACCCCGUUCAGCUGCGGACGCCACUGCCUCACGAAUAACCAACAGAGUGUGCAUUGUUCCAAAGAGCGCGAGCAAUACUGAUCAACAACGUGCCACCAGCCGGCUCACUCGUAUCCCCGUGGACCUUCACAGCAACUCUGCGAUACCGAGCGGAUCUUCGAUAACAUCGGCGAAUCAGGACAAACCGAAUGGCCGAGCUCCUCCAACUACAAAACUUGUGCAGUCUGUUAUACAUCAAAACCCUCUCAAACAGAACCGCCAUGGAGCCCAUUUUAAUUCCUCUUCGGAGGCAACACAGAACCUCAGUCGUGUUCAUUUGGCCAAAACUCUGAAAGAUGAACGAACUCACGAAAAGCCAUGCAUGGCUACACCCACCAAGGAUAUCGAAAACAAAAAAGCUUCACAGCUGGGUAGUCCGAGCGAUCCCAAUUCGCCAUCGGAGGGUCAUCCCCAUAAUCUUCCCCCAAAUCCGGCAGGGAAGUUCGCAUUCAGUGACGGGGAUCUAGACCACAGUCCACCCCGCGUUCUUGCUGACCCAUCAAGGUUUUCAUUCGAACAACGCGACUCCUGUGGUGUUGGCUUACUUGCAUUCAGACCGUUUGCCACUACGCACGUCCCGUCCGCUAUCCCCAUGCCAAAGACCCUAUCUCAAGCGAUUCCCAACGAGACCUCUCAAAUAACCUCUACUGUCGCACAGUUCCCCACGCGAUGCAAAGGUGGUGUUAAUCAGACAACGGAUUCCUCCAACCUUCAUAGUUCUGUUCCGUAUCCCUUCGCUCCGUCAAACACCUGUCCAGGCUCCCCCGUCUACUGGAAUCGGACUGUCAACGCUUCAGUGGUUCCGCCGUCACAAUGGACGAUGACAGCGCCGUUUUCGAGGAAGGAUUUAGCACAAACCACUCUUCCUCAAUCCAGAGCUGCGAACUCGGCAUCGUGGAAUUUCGCGAUGACAUAUGGACAGAGCAGCUUUAGUAUGAAUCCCUCAGCUGCAGCUCCCCUGCGGCAUACCGCUAACUCUGUUCAGUACCCUCAAAUUGCAAUCUACCCCACGAUAUUUGGCACUGGUGCCUCCAGGUCGGAGGCUGAGACCGGGCUCUCGAAAACUGCGGGUGCAUUAUCUGCACAGCCCGGAAAUCCAAACCCCCUGAACCUUUACAUAGAAAGGCAGUCGUCCACAUGGAGACCCAAUGAGAUGACCACGCUUACCUCCAAAAUGAUAUCACCAUCGCCAUUUGUCCCACCCGUGUCUUAUUGUCCAAUUUCACAGCCAACUCCUCCAACCCGUGGACACUCGCUACUGGCAAGUAGAACAUCAGAGAAGAUCGCAUUUGCCAAUCGUGGUCCGCGGUCCGAAGACUCAGUUGGAUCGCCAAGGCAAUCGAGACACUCACCGCGAAAGUUGCUCUUAUCACCAAAGUUGACGUCGAAGACAAUCGCUCAAGUGCAAGACAAGGGGACUUCAAACAUGACCUCAAAAGAUUCUCUAUCUGCACGAUCAAACACAAGAACCACAGGAUCACACUCCAUCCAGGCAUGCUUGGCUUCAGUCCCCUCCGGAUCUGACAUCAUGUCGCUUGCAAAAACCACUCAGCCGGACCGACACAUCUCAACUUCCCGUUCACAAAUGGAGGCACAACAAGUUGGUCAAAGACAAAAAGCGCACGAACUUUAUGUUGCUCUGAAGAAGCGUUUUCCAAGUACCAGGCAGGGAAAGCCCUUCCUUACGACUGACUCAAAUGCCAAUAACGCAGAUAUCCGACUGGUGAGUUGUCAAGCUCGCCUGAUAGGUUAUGAGAAUGGCGAUUCCACCUUAACUGACACCCCACCAAGCCACGCAGGGAAGAUUCAAACUUUGGCGCGGCACACAGACCCGAAAACGCAAACUAAUAGCAUCAGUAGCGGUGCUUUGAAUUCGAGCUUUGAGUCCAUGGCCUCUUCUCCCACGGUCACUGAUUGUAACAACCACCAGGAACGUCGCGUGUCACACUUGGUGAGACGACAGCACGGCAAUUCGGUGUCCCCGUCUAUGUCAACUGCAGUGGCUUCUAAAGUAGUAGAGAAGACAGUGGUCGAUUCAAGUAUUCGAUCGUAUUUGAGCAAUGAAUUGCCCAGCUGCGGUUACAUAUCCGACGGGGAUGUUGUACUUGCACCAGUUGGUCUUACCCCAUCAUCUAACGAUGCACGUCAACCUGUUGGUAUAUCAUCUCUUCCUCGACACUAUGGCCUCUCCGUCAUCAGCGAAAAGCAUACAACAAACGUCGAACACCGAGAUAUUACAACGUACGCUAGACUAAUGCAGCAUCGAAUGCAGGAGGGGAUGAGAGCUGUGCAGGAGUCAUUGAAGUUGCCAUAUCGUACGAACAUUCCCUCACAUAUCAGACCAGAAGAAGCAAACUCAUCUACUUUUAGCGUCGAUCCGGCCUCUACAGGUUCUGGAAUGGGCUAUCAAGGAAAACUCAGCUCUGCGAUGUCAGUUAAUGCUUGUUCGCACUUGAAUGCCGAAUUGCAGGAACUCGAGUCUUUAAACACGGAAGUUUGGACCCCGUCUUCGACAGCUUCCAACGUGUGGGAUACCGUAAUACCCGAACAGCCAAAGCAACAUCAGCUCUCAGUACAUUCAGGUCCGAGUUACAGCUCAAACACAUGGAAUUCAUCUGCUACAGAUCCGGAGGACAUUCACUGUCACAUCAGUUCUGAUAGCGGUGCCCGAGUCAUUUCCAGAUUAGCCAAAUGGAAUUCGAUUAAUAAGUGCUCUGAAGACUGUUACAACAGCUGUGAGCACACUGUGCGAAAACCUGUUCAAGAGUCGAAGGAUGAAACACUAAUGUCCGUCUCUAGCCCAGAUGCUAGAGACGGCCAGACUGCGGAUUUACCCAGCGCCAAUUCGAAGUCGGAUACAGAGGAAUGGUCUACCAGAAAACUUUACAAAUCUAAUUCGAACUCAAACUCUAACCAUGCUGCACAGAAGUCUAUCCCUCAUCUUCCAGUGGAAGCCAGGAGAACGUACCUUAGAUCGAAUCCUUCACGCGAAGCUCCACAGUUUUCGAAUGUUCGUUCAGCCCUACCAUCACCAGUGUCUUCAGAGUCAACGUUUGGUUCCCGAAAAUUCAAGCCAAAUCCCGAUAUGGAACGCAUUUAUGGCGUAGCUACAACCAGGGCGACAACCUGGCUACGACGCACACCGAAGUGUUUGGAAAAACGUGAAGUCUAUGGGCUGGAAACAGAACCCAAACAAGCGUACGCAGACGGAUCAGCUAGUGCACCUCCCGGCACUCCUAUCCGCCUACCAUACACACCAGCUGGGUUCUUUACCGGUGGAAUGGAGCUAGCUCAAAUCCUGUCACCCGGUGUGGAAGAAUCAACCUUGUCACUCCCAUCUGGAAAUUCACACGCCUCCAGAACAGAAAAUCGACAACUGGAAGAGAUUAGAAUUCUACGUCAACGUCUAAAGGUGGCGGAGGGACAUGUGACGGCACUAACUUCUCAGCUGAUUACUAACGCACAAGUUGUGUCGGCGUUCGAGCAAAGCUUGAACAGCAUGUCCCAGCGUCUGCAGACACUGACCCACACGACAGCGAAGAAGGAUUCAGAAUUACACACCUUACGAUCGACGAUAGAGGCGUUGCGCACUCAGUCCGGACUUGGCUUCUCCAAAUUGCUCCAUGCCAAAGUGGGCAGAUCCCUGGAAGAAAAGUCGGACGAGAAAUAUCCGGAGACGGAGCAGGCGAGCCACCCAAUUUCUGGCACAUCCAGUUUGAGCCUAAACCAGCAAGACGUCGCUUCGUCGGGACGUCUAUCCCCGGUGAAUCAGUCGUCGUAUUCGGCCGAGUCGUCACCCAAAAAAACUCCGCUCACCGACACGAAAUCGAUCCCAGUGAUUGGCUUAAAAAAGAAUAGCUGGUUCCGCGCUUCCAUUGGCAAAGCAUUCCGAAAAAGAUCACCUGCGACGUCCUCUGUGAAUUGCGUCACCUCACCCGCUUCGCCGCAACAAACACAUGGAUCUGUGGAUGCACAAAUUCCCAGCGACCACCUCCACUCAGUCACGGGUGUUGGGACCAUGUGUUCUCGGUUUCCGCUAGAAGCGACGACACCAAACCAAUGGUCUAAACCGGAUCCCACACCGAUUAUGGGCCAACCGAUUGGUCGACUCAACGGCCUCUCUCCAUCUGUUUCAUCCACAUCUUCCUCCUCCACGAGUGGUAGUAGAUGGAACCAUGAAGUAAACGCAGCUGUUUGGCCUACCAAUAACGCCUGCAGCUCUUACUGCUCGACGGAUCCCCAUCCAAGCCACGCAGACGUAGCAACUCAUUUGGGCACGUUCCCACCCAGCAAAAGUGUUAGCUGCAGGAACUCGCGAGCCGGCGCACAGUCAGCCGUUGUCGCUCCCACGGAGCAUAGUUUCGGCGCGGAAGCGCUCAGGAAACCAACAACUUCCGGUGUCUCAUUCGCCCCUUCGAAAAAAGUCAACAAUAUACCGAUGACUGCCAACUUCAGUCCAUACCCUUCUCAGCUGCAUGCAUUGGAAUCGGAGGUGUGCCGUCUUCGGGGACAACUGAGUGAACGAGAAUCUAAACUGACUGAUGUACAGCUAGAGGCACUUGCCAGCACACACCAAGUGAAUCAGCUUCGCGAUCAAUUACUUCGCAUGGAAGAAGAGUUGCAGCGGCUUCGCUCGGACAAUCACCGGCUGCAAAGUUUGGUGCGUGGAGGCACAGAUACCCCUGCGGCAAUUUCAACACAGCCAGCAUCAAGAUUAGAGAAUGACGUUGACCCAUCCAAAUUGACGCCAUUACCAUGCGUUUCGGACGAAAACAAUGAGUGGCCAGUAGAAAGUGAGCUCGAUAUUCUUUUUGCUGUCAGUCACAAAAGCGGGAAAAAUCCGGAUGAAUUCCAAACAAAGAGAUUAGCAGUUGUUAGUCUGGUCCCAGAUGCAGAGGCAGAACUUCGUUCCAUCAAUAUAGGUUUGGUGGAUUUAAAGCAGUUUGCUCAUUGGGUUGACCUCGACAAGCAUUUAACACAGAUGUUUGUAGCGUACACGCGCCUCAUUAACCCGCAUGGAGAGUUGGACACCCGGAUCAACACUAUCCUUGGAUACCGCAUUGUAACACAUUCCACUCCCCAGAAUGGUGAUGUGUAUGAACACUGGAUACGGAGUGGUGAAUCCGUGGGGAACAGCGAAGAAGAAACCGCCUUGGCUACGCUGCUAAAGCAGAAUUCCAUAGAGAACGGAACAACUCAGAUUGCGCUCCUGUUUCGUGCCGACUCGAACGGGUUUUCUGUUCGAUUACCGCUAUUCUUCCUGCUCCCAGCCGCCAGGUUGGAAUGUUGCUUGUCCUUGUUGCAUCGCUAUCGACGCAUCGUAUUAUGUCAUUCGAAUGAAUUUGCCGCACAGACCGAAAUGCUAGCCUUUUCGUUGGCGCGCUGCUUGCAAGAAAGUGGCCGCGUCGCAGAAUGUCACCGGUUUCACCUUGGCAGAAGCAAUGAUCCAGUUGGAGAAGCGGAACGCUGCGUCUCAUCUACAAACACCAACAAGCCGGUGGCCAUAGUCUUGCACCAACUCGACUGCAUAACCUCGCAACAGUUUAUAAACAUGCUGCGGUCUUCAACUGACCAAAUGGCCGCCUCUUUCAACGGAGAAGGACAUUUCCUCAUUGGAACGGUGUUGGAAUCUAUCAGCCCCCCGGACGAAGCAGAGCUUUUGCCGGUAGAUUCAUGUCUGGUGCGUUGGAACACCAAUAGCUGUUGCUGGAUCAGUUCUCAAUGGAAAGAGUUCGAUGUAUGCAAACUGUACUUGUCCUGUUCCUUGCGCCAACGCAUAGUGCACUUGGCCGUGGCCGAAAGCUCUGACCUAAAGGAGUGCGAUACACUGAGGUUCUCACAUACCAGUCCAAUACGAGCUCAUCUCGAAUGGCUACAAAAAGUGUGGGAGAAAAUCAGACAGCAGCACACAAACGCCAUCCUUCCGCCCAAUGUGUUCGACGACGUACCUCUGAGUGACUUGGAGCAAUGGUUUAUUUACAAAUGGAACAAUCAAAUUGCACGCCACUUGAGAGCGGAAACAAAGGAUGGCAGUUGCGCGGGGGAGCUCAUCGACUGGAUCUGUUCUACGUGGCCUACGAAGGAAGGUCGGGAAAAGCUUAGACAGCAGUUAACCCCGAGUCAAACUUGA